UUUUAUUCCUUAAAUUCUUAACCAAAAUAUUAGGACCUAGAAGAUCGUCGCUCCGCUUACACGCUUCUUCUACUAUUUCCAAAUUCCCAAUGCUCUCUCACAAGACGAAGCUUCAAAAUUCUUAGAUCUCCGCUUCAAUUUGAGUUGUUUCCUGGAAAUUUUUCAAAAAAUUUCCAUCUUAUUCAUUUUUAUAGUAUCAGGCUGCCUUUGAAGUUAAUUCGUAAUGGUUGAUAGCAACAAAUCUUCUGGUCCACCUGAAGAAACCCCAAGCCAUAAUCCCAAUGGAAAUGCACCUUCAGAAAGUGACCUUGCACUCGAUGAGAUAACUGGGAAAGUUCAAGAGUCCCUUGGCCUCGAAAAGAGACACAAGUUUUGGGAAUCCCAGCCUGUUGGGCAAUUCAAAGACUUGGGAGACACUAGUUUGCCUGAGGGCCCUAUUGAAGCUCCCACUCCUUUGUCGGAAGUCAAGCAGGAACCGUACAAUCUUCCAACCAUGUAUGAAUGGAUUACAUGUGAUAUUGACUCGGACGAAAUGUGCACCGAGGUUUAUAACCUUCUGGCAAAUAACUAUGUCGAGGAUGAUGAGAAUAUGUUUAGGUUUAAUUACUCGAAGGAGUUUCUACGCUGGGCCCUUCGUCCCCCUGGUUAUUUUAAGAGCUGGCAUAUUGGCGUCCGUGUUAAAAGUUCCAAGAAGUUAGUUGCUUUCAUUACAGGUGUUCCGGCAAGAAUCCGGGUUCGAGAUGAAAUUGUUACCAUGGCAGAGGUUGAUUUUCUAUGUGUUCAUAAGAAGCUCAGGUCAAAAAGGCUUGCUCCUGUUAUGAUUAAAGAGGUGACAAGGAGGGUUCACUUGGAGAAUAUCUGGCAAGCAGCAUACACUGCUGGAAUCAUUAUUCCAACACCGAUAACUUCUUGUCAAUAUUGGCAUAGAUCCUUGAAUCCAAAGAAGUUGAUUGAAGUUGGGUUUUCUAGACUUGGUCCGAGGAUGACAAUGAGUCGGACGAUUAAGCUUUACAAGUUACCUGAAUCAACAGUCACUCCUGGGUUCAGGAAAAUGGGGCUACAUGAUGUUCCUGCAGUCACACACAUACUCAGGAAUUAUUUGAGUCGGUUUGUGGUUGCACCUGAUUUCAGUGAACAUGAUGUCGAGCAUUGGCUUCUUCCUACUGAGGGUGUUAUUGAUAGUUACGUUGCUGAAAGCUCCAAAACCCAUGAGAUCACUGAUUUCUGCAGUUUCUACACGCUUCCCUCAUCGAUCCUAGGAAACAAGAAUCAUUCGACUCUGAAGGCAGCAUAUUCGUAUUAUAAUGUAUGUACAAAGACCCCUCUGCUUCAAUUGAUGAACGAUGCUCUUAUUGUGGCAAAACAGAAGGAAUUUGACGUUUUCAAUGCAUUGGAUGUCAUGAAUAAUGAUACCUUUUUGAAGGAACUGAAAUUUGGGCCAGGUGAUGGAAGCCUUCACUAUUAUCUUUACAACUAUAGGAUACGGCAUACACUGAAACCAUCUGAGCUUGGCCUUGUACUUCUUUAGGUAUGUUUUUUUUUUCGAAAAUUCUUGUGAGAAAGUUUAGUGUUGAGUGUUGAUUGGUUGAACCAUGGCAAUCCUUGGUUAGUGUUUUAGACCCUAUGUUGCCAUAUAAACAAACCUGUUUUUGUGACUUAUUUUGUUUGGUAGAUAAUAGGCAAUGGGUCAUCCUUAAGCCUCAAAUUCUAGGAGCUUGAAAUAGAUGAAUCUCAACAUUGAUUGCAGUUUCUGGUUUUCUCAGUUGUGACACGAUUGUCUUCUUGUUUUGUCAUCAAUCAUCUUUUCUGUAUAAUACGAUUAUUUGGUCUCUUUUUCGUUUUUCA